AUUUACUCAAAGUCGAUAUCACCAUUUUUUCUCAAGAGACUUUGAGAUAGACAUGACAUGACAUGCACUUUGUAGAAAACGGGGAAAGUGAACCCAUUUUUCCUCGAUUUCUAGUCCUCCCAUUAAGGACGGCAUUGAAUUCAAAGUGGUCCUUUAGAAAAUCAAUUGUAGAAAAACUUUACAAUGACCAAGUCUUCCCAAACUACAAUGUAGUAUAAGUAUAUUCACCAAAACACCCACUCUCUCCUGAAAGAAAACCCACAACCAUCACUCUUGUAGCUUAUCCUUCCCUCGAAAAGACCAUGCUUGAUCUUCAAAAAACACUCCCCACGAAAAACCACCUUCGUUCUUUAACUCCGGUGUAUCGAUCAAAUGGCAAUUCUGUUAGCACAUGGACAGAUUUUGAUUUCUGGGGUGAUCAAAGGAGUCACGACGUUUACGAUAACUACAACUCUGACGACUAUGGUGCCUGCUCACCGCGGUUUUGCACGUCUCCUCUACUGCCUCGGAAUCACCACUACAGUUAUCCUCUGUCCCCCAAGUCGCGAUUGCAAGCAAUUGUGGAUGGUAGAAAGGAACUCAUGGAAAUUAUUCAAGACAUGCCAGAGUCUUCAUACGAACUCUCCUUCAAAGAUAUUGUCGAUGAGCAACAAGAAGCAGAGCAAAAGGACAUUGCGAUUGAUGAGAGGAGUCUGAAAUACAAACCUGAUAUCAAUAUGAAGCAAAAGAAGAAGAAGAUCAUGUCGCGUAGCGAAAGCAUGGAUAGUGGAGUUUUCCUUCUGAAGAUGCCCUUCCCAACUUCUCUUGGUAUGAAGGGGAAAUCAACUGCGGGUAACCAUCGCUCCAAAGUUUCUCUGAAACCACCUUUGGAGGGAUCGGACAACACAGGCAACAAAGAAUGGUGGAGGGUGAAGUUUCUAUCUACAGGGGAGGGUAAGAAAAGAGGAAAAAGUAGAAUCAGUACUGGAAGUAUUAGUAGUAGCAGCAGCGGUGGCAGCAGCAGGAGCAGGGAAGAUGAUAGUGAUUUCACACCAGUUUGCUGGUCCUUCCGCAAGAAAUGCAGGUCCAGACAACAAAGAGGUGCCGCCUGCGAAUGAGCUCACCAUGCACAUUCCUAGGGAACUGUCAACAAAAUAGUUGUUGGAAGUAAAAUCUGAGCAAGAUGAACUCUUGUAUCUCAAUUCAGCAACAUAUAUAAUAUUACUGAUGCAUUUUGUAAGUUACCUAGUGGUCUUAUGCCACAUAUGCAAUUCAAUUCUUUGUCAGUAGGAGAAUUAGAGCACGCUGACAGUGAAA